UCAAAGAGUGCAAAGCCUAAAUUUUCAAACUGAAAUUUCCUUUUUUUUUAUUCAGAAUAUUUAAAUAAUCAUUUAUUUCUUAGAAGCUUGCAUUACUUUUGAUAGCAGAAUGUCUUCAAGAUCGUCGAGUAAGAUGGACGAGCAAUCUAGAAAGAUUGCCUUAUCGCUAAGUAAAUUAAAGGUGCAUCCGACGCAAUCUGAGGUUAGGUUUAAAAUAGGUGGAGAAGAGGAGUCUGUAAAGUCAUCAGUUAGAAAGAAAAGCAGUGCAACCAAAGUCACAUCACUGACGCAAUCAAUCCCUCCUCAAACACUCAGAGAGUUCAAAGAUGAUGUCGACCAUAGUUGCCACCCAAGUUACACCAACUUUAAGCUGCCAUAUGAAGUGGUUUGUCGGCAACGGUAUCAUAAGGCAGUUAAGGACUACGAUCGCCAAUUCAAACGUGAACUUCAAAAACUGGAAACCAUGCAAAUGUCAGCAUAUGAAGCUCUGCGGUUUAAUAGAAUAUUUUCAAUUACUACUUUAUGGCCUCCCUUACAUACAAGGAAAGAAAUAGAGUAUGUACUCCGAGAUUUCUAUAGAGUACCACCGAAACAACAAGCUCGAUUAAAUUAUUUACUAAAAGAAAAUCAAAAUUGAGAACUAAUUCAGCUGUUAAUAUUCUUCCUGACAAAGGGACCACCGAAGUGCUGCUAGGAGGAAGAAGAUUUUUUUUUUUUGUAAUUUUGAACUGAUGUGGCUGGUUUCUAAGAAACAAUAUAAAAAAUUAUACUAAAAUGUAUUCUCUACUUGUAAGUUGUUUGAUGUUCUUAUUAAUUAAGUUAUUGUAUAUGGUGUGUAUCAUAUUUUUUUACUACUUUUUCUGCUAUACAGUGCCACUUGGCUGGUAAAUUAUCUUUCUGUAAUGGUGAUUGAUUAAAAUAUAAACUGAAUAAAUAUUGACUUAUAACACAAA